UUCAGAUUUAAGCCCUGCCAUUCCCCUCACUCGAGCUAUUCUACACAUCCCUUCUGUACAGCAGCUUAAAGGUUUUGACCUACCAGAAUGAAGCUCCUAUUUAAUUUGCUUGCCUUUUCUGUCAUCAUAACCUCCACAUUUUGUGGAGUCAAGGACUUCAUGGAGCAUUUUGAAAGCCUUAAAGAUGCAAAGCCACAUGAAAACGGAACCUAUGGUAUGCCAAACUUCCCACCCGAAUUCCACAGGGAAAACACUAUCACUAAUGACUUGAUUCCUGAAGAGGAGGAGGAAGAGGACUAUCUAGACCUUGACAAGAUCCUGGGUGACGAUGACUAUAGUGACAUUAUUGAUGCUGGCCCAUACAUGGUUUCUGAAAUCCGGCAAGGAAAUAUCCUUGAACUCUUUCAAGGCAAAACCAGAAUCCAGCGCCUCAAUAUCCUCAACGCAAACUUUGGCUUCAACCUUUACCGCAGCGUGGCAGACAAAGCCAACUCUUCUGAGAACAUUCUCAUGGCUCCCGUUGGCAUUUCCACAGCAAUGGCUAUGAUUUCCCUGGGUCUCAAGGGUCAAACCCAUCAGGAAGUGUUAUCUGUUCUUGGCUUUCAAGACUUUAUUAAUGCCAGCACCAAAUAUGAGCUCAUGACUGUCCAUAAUCUCUUCCGCAAACUCACUCACCGGCUCUUCAGGCGUAAUUUUGGUUACACACUGAGGUCUGUCAAUGACCUCUAUGUCCAGAAGGACUUUUCUAUUCUGAAUGAUUUCAGAAACAAUAUGAAAACAUACUACUUUGCUGAUGCCCAACCCGCUGAUUUCUCAGAUCCUAACUUCAUAACUAAAACCAACGAACGCAUCCUGAAGCUGACCAAAGGAUUAAUAAAGGAAGCUCUUGUGAAUGUAAACCCUACAACACUGAUGAUGAUUCUGAACUGUCUUUACUUUAAAGGAACUUGGGAGAAUAAGUUUCCAGUGGAAAUGACAAUAAAGAGAAGUUUCCGUCUGAAUGAAAAGCAAACAAUAAAGGUUCCCAUGAUGCAGACCAAAGGCAACUUCCUCGCUGCUGCAGACUCUGAGCUGGACUGUGGUGUGAUCCAGCUCCCCUUUGUGGGGAACAUCAGUAUGCUGAUUGUACUCCCACACAAACUCUCUGGUAUGAAAGCCCUAGAAAAGCAGAUAACACCUCAAGUGGUGGAAAAAUGGCAGAAGAGCAUGACAAACAGAACAAGAGAAGUGGUUCUGCCUAAAUUUAAACUGGAGAAGAGUUAUAACCUGAUUGGUUAUCUGAAAUCCAUGGGAAUAGAAGAACUGUUUGAUGAAAAAGGAGACUACUCUGGUAUAUCGGAUGAGAAAGUCACCAUUGACAGGUUCAAUCACCAAGGCACAAUAACUGUGAAUGAGGAAGGCACAGAAGCUGGAGCCAUAACCAACGUUGGGUUCAUGCCUCUCUCUGCUCAGAUUCGCUUCGUUGUCGACCGCCCCUUUUUGUUUCUCAUCUAUGAGCAUCGUACCAGUUGCCUCCUCUUCAUGGGCAGGGUUGCUAACCCAGCCAAGUCUUAAAAGCAGAGAAGACCUCCACCAUGCUGUUAUCCAUGGGCUGUAUAAUUGCACGUUAAUAUACCAGUAUCAUAAAGGAAAUUUGAUUGUCAUAUUUGCCACUGGUAUCAAAAGAAAAUGUAUUAUCUGCAGGUAGUUUCAGAGGAAGGGACUCAUAGCAGUGGAUAAUUUGACUGCUAUUUACAAUGGUUACUGCCAUGUAUUGACACAAGUGUAUUAAAAAAUAAUCACAAAGUAACUUACACUUUGUGUUCUACUUCAGUGUAUAAAACGUAAUCAAUAAAAUAUUUAGACUAUCUGGAUUCUUGAAGUUAGCUCUAAAUUUGUGCUAGGCUGCUUAUUUAUACUAACUAGAAAUAAGGAAAUCCUGAACAGCUGACCAGUUUUAGAAAUCUAAGUCUCUCCUGGGUGUUUUACAUAAUCUCACUUGAAAAAGAAUAGGUCAUUUCUUUGCUUGCAUCAUUUAAUAUUUAGUAGGCUGAUAAAGACAAUGAGUCUUAUGAACCAGUGUACAAAAUAAGAGGAGAUUAAAUUGUCAUGGAGAACUAAAAUGCUAAGGGAUCCACUUCUUUUCCCCACCCUGAUUUGAAUCAUUUCAGUACAGCUCUCUGAUCUUCAUUGGUACAAGCAGAAUCAAAAUUAGGCCAACCAGGAAAAUUACAUAAAGAUCCUUUGAAUAGCUUUUAUAAUGAAAGCAGCUUGCACAAUGCUUGUUUCACCAGCUCAGUAUCACCUAAUCCUCACUACAAAAAAAGAGUGAUUUAUAGCAAUCACAUUUAUUAGGAAUUGAAAUACACUUUCCAUACUUGAUUCAAUGGGCAAAACCUUUUAAGGCUUAAACCAAGUCUGUAAACUUUCUGAAUCAUUCCAGUGACAUGAAUGCUGUAGAGAGCCAGCUGCACAUUUGAU